ACAUGCUUGUGCAAUGUUACAGGGAGGCUGCUUGUUCUGAGAGCACACUGCGCAGAGUUUCUACAUACCUUACUUACAUAAUGAAGAAACAGCUUGGCUGAAGACUUCCCCAUAAAAGAGAUCAAGACCAACUGUUCAAACCUGGAUUAUUUCACUUGAUGUGAGUUCAGUCAUGACUAACUGUGGAAUCCAAAGUGAUCCUUUUUGUUGCCAUGGAUUUCUUAUUACAAAGCAUCUUCUCCAGCAGAGGAUCCAGAUCGAGGCCAGAGCCCAGCAGUGAUGCUGGCAAUGCAGCACCGCAACUCCUCUGGCAUCAUCGCUUCCCUCCCCCUCUCUAACUACACCACUGUGGUUCAGGAGCCGGAGAUGGAGGCUGUGGUGCGUAAUGACACCCAGCUAAAGAGCAAUCCCACAGCCGCUGGCCUCAGCAUGACUCUGGGCAUCCUGUUCAAUGUGGUGGCCCUUAUUAUUCUCGCCAAGGCUUACCGCCGCUUCCGCCGGCGUUCAAAGGCCACUUUUCUGCUAUUUGCCAGUUCUCUGGUGGCUACGGACCUAGCUGGACAUGUUAUCCCUGGAGCUCUAGUUCUAAAUAGAUACUCAUCAGGGUCCACAUCUGAUCUGGCCUCCAAUUUUGGUUCUGUGGAUGAUCCUGAUGCCUCCUGCCUGUUCCUUGGGGGCUGUAUGGUGUUCUUCGGCCUGUGCCCACUCUUCUUAGGCUGUGCCAUGGCUGCUGAACGCUGCCUGGGCGUCACCAGGCCUUUACUACAUGCGCAUCUGGUGACCACAGCACGAACAAAGAUGGCACUAGCCCUCAUCUGGCUACUGGCUUUAUGUGUGGCUCUUCUGCCCUUCUUUAGCCUUGGGGCCUACACUUAUCAGUACCCAGGGACAUGGUGCUUCAUAAGGGUCAUGGAGGGCACUGAAGCCAUGGAUCUGGUCUUUGUGACACUGUUCUCUGGACUGGCUUUAAGCUCCCUGGGCUUGGCCUUUGUGUGUAACACCAUCAGUGGAAUCACACUGGUGAGAGCGAGGCUAAAGAAGAAAAAGAAGUCCUGCUCCCAGCGCCGCUCAGCCAGGUCACAUGACACUGAGAUGGUGGUCCAGCUGGUUGGCAUCAUGGUCACCUCCUGCAUCUGUUGGAGCCCUCUGCUGGUUUUUGGACUCAUGUCAGCUACACGGUCAUACUACAGUGGAUCCUUAGGCAGUGACAGAGACACUUAUAGGCGUCUGAUGGUGACGGGUGUCAGGAUGGCAACCUGUAACCAGAUCCUGGACCCGUGGGUCUACAUCUUGCUGAGACGUGCCAUCCUCAGGAAAAUCUACAGGAUCACUAAACAGCAGGCCAGUUUGAAGGGAAGCACGUUCCGUUCAAUCCGCUGGGAUGCCGGCUCCUUUCAUACCUCAGAGAAAAACAGUGGUAAUAAGAUUUAAUAACCUCUGAGGAGGAAAAGGGAUCUGUCACUUUUUCCGGAAUGCCAGUGCAUUCAUCCGUAGGAUCAGCGCUGAACUCACCAGCAUAUAGUCUUGAUCAGGAUUCAGUGUUUAAAGCCUCUGCAUCGAGUAAUUUUAGCUAAUAGAAAUGAAAGCAACAGUGUCCAUAAUUUGUUUAUAUGAAGUAUUAAGUAUUGUCAUCCUAUGUGUUUAAGACAAAUUGGAAACAGCAUGAUUUUUAACCCAUAAAGACCCAGUGCCACUUUUGUGUCAGUUCCCAAAUUAAUUUUUCUCCUUAUUUUACCAUCAUUUAUUAUAAUAUCCUCUAAUUUACCGAU